CUGUCUCCCUGUCCAGCCUGGGAGGGUGCCUGCACCUGAAUGCAGUACUGUCCAGGCAGCAUCAUACUCUAACCAGUGCCAGGGAUGCCUCAGCCACAGCACCAGUUACCCCAGAGUGUGAGCCUCAGACAGGACACCAGCCCAGAAUGCAGUUUCCAACAUGCCUUGCACAGUCUCAGCCAUGCUGAUUGGAAGGCUACAAGGGAGUGAAGUGGUUUGCAGGACAGGGCUCUUGUGACCCUCAGUCAAGUCCCUGUGCAGCUAGCCCAGGUUGCCAGGGUGAGGAGCAGCCCUGUGCCUCCGCUGGCCCUGGUCUUCCAUUGUCCUCUGCUGAGGUUUGGAUUUCCCCAGCACCCUGCAAAAUCCCACUCUCACUUUUCCCCUCUUUCCAGAGUUCCUGUAGAGGCACACUUGAAGGACAUUGAACUAGAGAAUGCCAAACACACCUUGGUUGAGUGAGCCCCACACAAGUGGAUCUGGCACCGUCCACAUCCUAAGAUAGGUGGUCUGAGUUGACAGCAAGCACCUUGGAAUUUGUGACCAUUGUCUCGUCUGUCCCUGGGAAAUUAUGAACAUCCUGGUGGUCAACCCAUUGAGGAAAUGGAUUUGGAUCAGCUGGACCUUAAUCCCAGAAUUAUUGCUGUGGUCAAGAAAGCCAAACUGAAAUCAGUAAAGGACAUUCUGCACUUUUCUGUACCAGACUUGCAAAGACUGACCAACCUGUCUAGCUCUGAUGUCCACCACUUGCUAAAAGCAGCCUCCUCACAUCUUCGGGGCAGACACAUACUUACAGCGCUGCACCUGCUCCAGCAGAGGGAUCACUUCCCUGCACAACACCAGCGCCUGAGCCUAGGUUGCCCUGUUCUGGACGGCCUGCUGGGAGGUGGCCUGCCCCUGGAGGGCAUUACAGAGCUGGCUGGCCGCAGCUCAGCAGGGAAGACCCAACUGGCACUACAGCUCUGCCUGGCUGUUCAGUUCCCACGAUGGCAUGGAGGCCUGGAGGCCGGGGCUGUCUACAUCUGCACCGAGGACAUCUUCCCCAGCAAGCGACUGCAGCAGCUCAUCUCACAGCAGCAGCAACUGCGCACAGACGUUCCAGGAGAGGUGGUUGAGAAGAUCAAGUUCAGUAAUCAGAUCUUUAUCGAGCAUGCAGCUGAUGUGGACACCUUGUUGGAGUGUGUGAGUAAGAAGGUCCCUGUCCUGCUGUCAAGGGGCAUGGCCCGCCUGGUGAUCAUUGACUCAGUGGCAGCCCCGUUCCGCUGUGAAUUUGAUAGCCAGACCUCAGUCCUCCGGGCCAGGCAUCUGCAGUCUCUGGGGGCUGCACUACGCCAGCUGAGCAGCACCUUCCGGAGCCCUGUGCUGUGCAUCAACCAGGUGGGAGAAGCCAGCAGUGGUCAAGAGCUCAGGCCCAGAAACCCAGGGAAAACAGGCAGAUGGGUAGCAGCUGUGAGGUUCACUGCAGCUGACCACCACUUGGCAUUUCCAGGUGACAGAGGCUGUGGAGGAACGAGGCUCAGAGCUUGGGCCACCAGGGUGAGUGCAGGCACCAGGAGGUGGGGGAGGAUACGCAAUGUGUUUGUGAGCAACAGCAGCAUUUCUCAUGUCUUAGACCCCUGGACCAGCAUCUCUCUCCAGCCCUCGGCAUCACCUGGGCCAACCAGCUCCUGAUGAGACUGAUGGUCGACAGGUCCCAUGAGGAGGGGGCCACCCUGGGCUGGCCCAGCAGCCCAGCCCGGACCCUGCGGGUGCUCUUUGCCCCUCACCUGCCCCCCUCUUCCUGCUCCUACACAGUUAACUCAGAAGGGGUGCGAGGGAUGCCAGGGACCACAUCCAGCUAACACAGCAACACCUGUGGAGCAACUUAACCAGACCCUGUGGAGCUGUGAUCUGGCCAAGCCCUUAAAACCAUCCUUGUGGGCACUCAGCAAUAUGCUUCCAGGAACUCUGGUGGUACCUGGCGACCUGGGGUGCUCUGCUCGGGCUUUCUGUCCCCUCCCUGGGUUUUGUCCAACCAGCUUGCCAGGCCUUGACACUUAUCUCCAUAGUCUGUCACUCAGAAGACAGAUGACUUGCCAGGCACUGACAGCUCCUGGAGAUGUCUCCACAGUGGCUCCCACAAGGUCUCUUGCUCUAUCCUCAGCUUUCCCCACAAACCUCCUGGGCAAAGACUGGGCUCAGCAGCUUGCCCAAUGGGGUAUCCCUUCCAAAGACACCCUCCCCAUUGUUCAGGCCAUAGUGGGCUACAGUGAGGCCCCUCAGCAUACACUUUAUCCCCAAAGAUGGUGCAGAGCAGAAGAAACACGUCAAGCAGACCUCAGGCUGUGGGCUCAGAAGAAUCAAGGUAGGAAUAGGACUGACCUGACCUUUGCUCACCUCAGGCACCCCUAGAACACAAGCAAUUUUGUGCAGCUUAUAAAAAAGGACAUAAGGAAAUGGGAAGCAGUAUCUAGCUCAUGUGCCCCCUUCCCUAUCCCCCAAGCCUAGGCCUGUGGUGAGGAGAUCCAGCAACUCUGGUCCAGCACACUGAAGGAAAACAUGCAGGAUGCCUGGUGUGGCCACCUGCACAGACCCAGCUAGAAGCAGAGCUGCCUGGAAACAUCUGGCUGUGGACUCCAGAAUCUGACCACAUCAUUGUGGAUGUGAGGCCCAGUGCUGUGGCUGUCUUGAUUCCCACCUCCCCCCUCAUGCUUCCACUUCCAGAGCCUUCAGUAAGGAGACCUGUCUGCAGAUGCCCUACAGCUCGUGAUGUGUGCCCUCUUCAUGACUCUGGGUCAGACACUGUCACUUGUCCCCUCCCCCCUAGGUAGGGAAACAGACACAGACCAGCCAAGUGGCAGAUACCAUGACCCCCCUGUAGGGGAGGAAGGGUCACCCUAGGGCAGCACAGGCCCUGCAGCCAUGCAGACUGGUUGCCAGGGCGGGACCACUCCAUGUGGAGUACAUCAGGUUUUUCAGAGCCACCUAUGGCUCUGAAAGGUUAAGAACCUAGCAGAGGCUGGCGCAGUGGCUCAACUGGUAGAGUGCUGAGUUCAAACCCUGUACCAACAAAAAAAAAGAACCUGGCAUAAAGAUGAGACAAAGCUGUUUGGGGUUGGUUGGUUGGUUGGUUACAAAACAGCUUUUCUGCAAACAUGCAGGGAAUUCACACCAGAAAAUAAAACUUUAUUUUUAUAAUUACAUAUAAACAAUUCCAAAUGACUUUUCUAGGUAAACUGUACUGACAAUUAGAGAACAAAUUAUAGAUCAAAGGUGGAGAAACAUUUAAUAGUGGCCUCACUCCUGGAGGUGCAGAAGUGACCACAUCCACCUGCUGAGCUGAGGGGCUACCCCACCAGGCUGUCCCCUGGGAGCCCCUGAUCCUACUGGGGUCUUUGGCUAGAGACCCUCCCUCCUGUCCCCUAGGUAAGGUGAUUAAUCAGGGACCAGACAGCCGAGCCCCUCAGGGCCAUUUCUUCAUCACCUUAUAAAACACUAGAGACACUUGAGUUCUUCCCCAGGGUUGGGAAGCCACUUACAGUCUCCGAUGGAUCAGACUGGGGUGGCUGUGCUGUGUGCUAUACUGUAUGAGUUGACCACUCGCCUUCACUCCAUGCGUCAAGUACGUCUUACAGUUUUAGAACCAAUCACGGGCUCACACUGCUUAAAAGUAAAUGCACACAUGGAACAUAGCAGGCACUAGUGCACAGUCUGCUUCCCAAGGAGGUUCCAGGAAGUUAUGACCACAGAAAGUAUUCUACAGCUUAUAAACAUUUAUCUCUAGCAAUUGUUUAAUAUAAAUUACUAUAUAGAUUUCUAAUUACAUGACAUUCCCAGAGCUUUCUGACCAAAUGGAUUUUUUUUUUUAUUCCAGAAAAUUACCUGACACCCCCACCCACCACACACACAUAUACACACACUGUAAAAUCCUGGAACCAGGUGCUGCCUAGCGCCCCCAACCACUUACAUGCUUUCCUGCCACUUACACCUCCCACAGAAAGUCUCUAGGGAUGGUUACUGCAUAUGAAGCCACUGUGGAGUGACCUCUGCUCUGUGUGCCACUGGUAGGGGACUCACAUUUGACAAACUAUGAAGAAACAGGUAUAGCUUUGACUUAGGUCCCCUCACCAUAAGGGAGACACUGAGAAGGAACACUGGCCACCAUUUCUCUUCUGGGAAUACUUAGGUACAGCCCACGGGGGCUGUGGCAUGGCUCACAUGAUAGAACACUCAAGGCCCUGGGUUCAAUCCCCAGCACCACACAAACACGAAAAGUGCAAAGAGAAACAGGUUACAACCACCUGGUGAGAUUACCAAUGGUUCCAUCUAGCUGCACUCAGUACUGAAGUAUCCAUCUAUGUGCCCUAGCUUCUUCCACCCCCAACACUUCCCCACCAAAGGUAACUGACCCACACAGCACUGGGCUAGCGGCUGAAGCCAGUGUCCACAGGUCCACCACACAAAAUGGGCUGUUCCAUGCAACCUGGGGGGCCUAAAAUUCAGUCCUAUAGUUAGCCCUAGAUUCAUUCCUCCCCAUGGCAUCUGUCUUUCCAGAGAACCAAGUGCACGUUUUGAUGUAGUAGUAGCUUCCCUGUGGAGAAGCAGGCCAGGACUAGAGUGGUAGGCACUGUGUUCUUGCUGGGUUGUGGACAUAGCAGCACCUGAAACCCACUCUGCCCAGAGGACUGCAUGAAUAUGCAGAGCCGAGGCACCUUCUGAAAGGAUGGAGUUUAAAUUUCUGAUUCUUAA